ACAAAAGCCUAAAAAUCGAGUAUGAAGCGCUGGACUCUUACCGAUGAUACCAACCAUACAAAAGGAAAUGGUAAACGGGACCGUUAAACUAAGUUGGGCUAUUUCUUCUAACGUUCCAUGAUUCAGUCGUGCGUGGAAUGAGUUUUUGUUUGACUAUGUUGUGGGUCAAUAUUUGCAACAUUUGCUGGCUCAGGCUGCCCCCACACAGGCCACUACCAGGUAGUGCAUAUUUUAGUCUAAUAUCUGAAACCCACCUGAGUAGAAACAUUCCCUCUGCCUUAUCUUUAUAAAUUACAUUUAUCAGAGAUUAAGCAAGUUAAAAGGCAGAAGCUAGAGAUGGGUGAGAUCAAAGCUAGACGCGUUAUCCUCCUCUCUAUCAUGUUCCUCAUCUUCUUCUUCUCCCAGACUCUUCUUUUGUGUUCAGCUAACGAGCAUGGCUCAAGGAGUCUUGCAGUGGUCAUGAGAAAACGGGUGAAAUAUAGAGGGUCUCGCUCACGCAACUCAACAUCCUCAGCUUCAACUAUGACGUUCCUAAGCUCCUUCCAUAUGGGCGCUGCUUCCUCUUUCGUCCUCGCUCUCCUUUUAUAGCUUAUGUUUGUAUAUGAUUGUGAUUUAAAGAUAAAAAGUGAUUGAAUUUUAUGUUUUCUUGUCUGUUGAAUUGAUUGUGUAAAUAUAUCAAAUGGUCUCAAAUUAUG